AUGAAGGCCAAAGGUAUACCAAAUUUCAUGUGGGGAGAGGCAGUGAGACAUGCUUCUUAUAUUUUAAAUCGUUCGCAUACCAGAGCUCUUCAAGAUCAAACACCUUAUGAGAUGUUUAACGGAAGAAAACCAAACUUGAAGUAUUUGAAGAUUUUCGGAUGUAUAGCUUAUGCAAAGGUCAUGGUUAAUCACUUAGAAAAACUUGCAGAUCGUUCUAAGCCACUUGUGUAUUUGGGAAAUGAACCUGGUUCCAAAGCCUUUCGGUUAUAUGACCCGAAGAACCGAAAAAUAGUGGUAAACCGGGAUGUGGAGUUCGAUGAAAAAAGAAGGUGGAACUGGUCUAAAACAACAAAAUCAGCUCAAUACGGAGCGGGUACUUUUAUUCUAACUGAAUAUGUUGAUACAGGUGUUGAACAAGUGCAACUUGAGGCUGAAUCUGGGUUCGAAAAUGUUGUUGAAUCCGGGUCUAAUGAUGCUGCUGAACGGCUACAACAGAAGAUGACAACAGCCAAGAUGAGGUUGUUGGUGACCAAACACCCCAGCAAAGCGUCCAAUCUGAAAUUUGCAGCACUUAUUCAAGUGACAGUAGUGAACAACCAGCUCCAAGAAGAUCCAGUCGAGUGCCAGUUACUCCUGUUCGGUUCAAUGAUUAUGUAA